AUGGAUACCACUGAAGGGCAGUCAUCAUAUCAGGUGCCAUGGCCUCCAUAAUAGCCGCAGAAAUAUUCCUUCCGGUCUAUUAUAAGGUUCAGUUCACAAGUGUUAACAAAUAUUUGGAAGUAAGGUUUGGCAGUCAAAAGGUUCGGUUAGCCGUUUCGUUCUCAUUCCUCAUGUGUACCAUUCCUUAUAUGGGAGUUGUCUUAUAUGGACCAUCACUUGCUCUUGGAUCAGUCACGAAUCCAAUAUAA